UAAAUACGUUGUUUGCGACCCGUCAUUAAGAUGAGUGAAAAAGAAGAAGCAGAAGAAGACAUUAGUUUGCCAGCUAACCUUUUACUUGUAUGUUUUGAGAUUAUCAACCAUAUAGAUUAUGUCGUUUAAGAGGGAAGGCGAUGACAAGAGUCAGUUGAACGUCCUGAAGAAACGACGCGUAGCAGAUCUACUGUCUAAUUUUAUUCCAGAAGAUGAAGCGGCUCUUAUGAAGAAUGGAAGAUACACCUGCCUUGUGUGCUCCUACCGUCCUGUGUUUGACACAGUCGAUAUGCUAACGGUCCACAGAAAGGGGAAAAGGCACCUGGAAGGAUUAAAAGUAUUUUAUGGCAAGAAAGCAGCACUGCAGAAUGAAAUAACAAAAAGGCAACAUGAAAACUACGUCCAGGUUGAAGACACUGGGCAGGUUGAAGACACUGGGCAGGGAACCUCCAGUUCAGCCCCUUUAUUGGCACAAACACGGAAGCUUACAUAUCAUGCUCUGCUAAAGACUAAACCAUACAGCAGCUGCCACAGGAAAACCAGCACAAAAUCUGAAAAAGGACCGGCAAACAUCAGCUCAGAUCCCAGUGUCAGCGCCUGCAACAAAACGCUAUCGCUGCAAAUCAACACAUGUCGGAAACCUGAAGUUUCAAACAGCGUGCCACCAAGCAGUGCCAGUGGCCUCACAGCAGUCAGUGAAGGUUCAACCCCAUCAAAAGACAUUAAGGUACCUCAGUCUAAAGUGACACAGGAGGAAAAGCCUCUAACAUCCCAGAGGAGGCAAGAGCUGGAGCACUACCUCAGACUUAAAAGUGCUGGAUGGCUACAAGACCAGAGUGGCAAGUGGAUUAAAGACGAGAAUGUGGAGUUUGAUUCAGAUGAAGAGGAGCCUCCUUUGCUUGCCCCCCUACCCACAAGUCAGUGAGAGGACUAAGAACUGUGGGAAAGCACAGAUAAACUUGUACUACAGUGGCAUGAUCAGAAGUCACCCUGUUGUUUGAAACAUCCAGAGCUCCACAUCCAAGGACUCUGUCUCUCAACCACCCAUCAACAUUUCACUGAAUUUCAUGGUUUUCUAAUUCUACAGCACCUGUUUAAUCCGUUGACCUACUGCUUGGAAGUAAUAACAGCAUGCACCUGUUUGUUUUAAUUGCACCAGGAAACCCACAAAAGUGCCACUUUUACCAGAUUAAAUUUGUUACUUCAGCCUAGUGAAAAUACGUCAUUUUGUUACCACAUGGGACGACAUCAAGCAGUCUGAAAGAUAUUAUAAUAAGAGAGGCUACCAUUACCAACAUUGUAUUUACAAAAGUACUUGCUGGCGACAUGGAGACAUCACUACAACAACGUCUAACAGACCGGACGAUCAGACAAACCAACAUUUUUUUCCAGAACCACUGAAUUUGGAAGUAAAACUGAACGACUGAAAAUCUUUCCCUGCUCAGAACAGCUGUGUUCACACAAAUGUGACAGUUACCGAAGGGCGAAGAUGAAUCAGGAGGGA